AAUGGCAAAGACUGAAAAUCAUCUUCUUAAUGCUUUAAGCUAAGUUGUUUAUUUCCCCCUAGAAGAAAACAAUCAAGCUCCAAACAGAAAUCAUCAAUGGCUUCCACCCGUCUCUUCUCUUCCAUCUUCAUCAUAUUUUUAUUCAACUCCAUCAAGAUCAGUUCUAGCAAUUGCUCUUUGAAUUUCACACAAUUCCCAUAUGAAUCACAGAGCGAGUGUUUCGACAUGGCGAAAGAUCUAACAAUUCAGUCCUGUUGCGACUCAGCUCUUCAAUAUAUCUUCCGAGCAAUGGCUAUAAGGUCAAACCAGUCAAACUCGAUCUUCCUGGAACCGUUCGAAGCUCAGGAUUGUAUUGUUGCAUUUCAGAAUCUUCACCAGAGGAUUAACCUCUCCAGGUGCCAAUUCCAGGAUCUUCUCUCCUCUUCAGCCCUGAAUCCGUGCACGGACAACAUUGAUUCAGUCAUAAAUGUCCUUGGAAUAGAAAAAUAUACUUCAUUUCGAUCGACUUGCCAGGAUUUAUCGGGAAAAAAUUACAGCGAUGAUGCCUGUUUUAAUUGUGCGGUGUCGUUCAGAGACUCUCAGAAAAUCCUGGAAGAAAAAACUGGAGAUAAUCCUGAAGGAAAACAGUGUGGAGAAGCUCUUCUUCUCGGCCUGGCAAGUUCAGAUGUAAACUCUCCCAAUUGGGUUCCCGGAAUUUUCUCCUGUUUAUGGAAUGAAAUCCGUUCCCCAUUGCAUCAACGAAAUCCUGGAAAAAAUUCCGGAGGUUUUCCUAUGGAUUCCAAGAUACUCCUUGCUAUAAUAAUUUUGGCAGCAGCUUUGGUCCUUGCAGCUCCAAUUCUUUACAAGUUAACAAAGAAGCAACUAAGACAUUCAAGUCAAAAUGAUAUUGACAAUUUAUCAGUUACAGCUCUAAGAAAGAAACUAGAGGAUGAAUCAAAGAGUUCCUUCAUCUGUUCGGACCUCCUUAUCUUCUCACCAGAAGAAAUCGAAAAAGCUACCAAUUUUUUUAACCCCAAGAAUGUCAUUGGAGAGGGCUCUCCUGGCAAGGUUUAUAUGGGAGUUUUGCCUAAUGGAAUGAAAAUGGCGGCCAAGAGACUUGAUGAAGGAAAUUAUAAGCUUCAAAAUAUGAUGGCUGAAAUUUAUAGAAAAGCAAAAGUGAGACAUCCAAAUUUGGUGAGCACUUUGGGAUAUUGUGAAAGAGGAGAUAGAUACAUAUGUCUUGUUUAUGAGUUCUGCUUUGGCCAUGACUUGUCACACUGGCUUCUCGGUGAUAUAAGGACACCAAUUUUAUCAUGGGAGCAAAGGAUCCAAAUAUUAAUUGGAAUUGCAAGAGGCUUAUGUUUUCUACAUACCAAUCCUAUUGAGCCAAUGGUUCAUGGAGAUAUCAAGUUAAGCAACAUAUUAUUAAAUGAAAAAUUGGAAGCCAAGAUUUCAGACUUCAUUACCGCAAGUUUCAAGCCAAAGGAUGGAAGAAGAAGCUUGGGAGCAACCAGAGAAAAUGAUGUCUUUCAAUUUGGGAUUGUGCUCCUCCAAAUUUUAACAGGAAGAAACUCAGAGUCUCUUGUUGAAGAGGCCAGAGAUGCAAAAUUGAAAGGAGGAAGAGGAAGCAUCAGCGUCAUGGCAGAUCCAAGAUUAAAUGGGAAAUAUGCUUCCAGUCAAUUCAAGAAUAUAUUUUCGAUAGGUGUUCUUUGUACAAACCCUGAAGAAAAUGAAAGGCCAAACAUGGAUGAAGUUGCAAGGAUGCUAGAGAAGUCGGAUCAAAACAGAGACAAGCUUAAUAGAUCAUCAGAAUCAAUCUAGGGUCUUGAUCCCAUUUUGAUCAAAUGACAAUAAACUAUCAACUUUUUACUCGGGAUUAUUUUCAAGAUAUUAUUUAUUUUGAAUAUAUAAUUUAAUUUUAUUUUCGAAGUUUGUAAAAUGCAAACCAGAACUCUUUCUGGGUUUUAUUUCCAAAGUUUACAAUUUAAAA